AUGCCGGUGCUGUGCUUUGUCUCCGCCGCGGUGCUCCUGCAGCUGGGGGCGCCGGCGGCGGCGGCCGCCAGCAGGUCGAACCUCGAGAUUGUCAUCGGCGGCCCGCCCUACUACGAGCCCUCUCCCCCGCCGGAGUACGAGCCCUGUCCCCCGCCGCCGCCGCCGAGGGGCCUGCAGCCGUCGGACUUCGAGAACCUGCGGCAGUACAAGGCUUACCUGGUGAUCCAGCGAUUCAAGAAGACGAUCACCUGCGACCCACUGGGGGUGACCAAUACCUGGAAUGGCCCGAAGAUCUGCAAGUACAGGGGUUUCACCUGCGACACGCCGCCCAAUACCGAUGACCGGACGAUCGCCGGCGUGGACUUCAACGGGUUCACCCUGGCGGCACCAACCAUCUGUGGCUUCGCCGACGGACUCCCCGACCUCGCCUUCUUCCACUCCAACACCAACAACUUCUCCGGUACCGUGCCAGACCUCUCCAGGCUCCCCUUCCUCUUCGAAUUCGACAUCAGCAACAACAGGCUGGGAGGCCCCUUCCCCGACACUGUCAUCGGCCUCAAGCAGGUCGUCUUCCUCGAUCUCCGCUACAACGGCUUCUUCGGGAGGCUGCCUCCCUCGGUCUUCUCCCUCGACCUUGACUACCUCUUCCUGAACAACAACCCCUUCAACACGCCGAUACCCAAGAACGUCGGCCGCACAAGCGCCGCCUUCCUCACCCUCGCCAACAACGGCUUCACUGGCUCCAUCCCCAGCAGCAUCGGCAACGCCGCUCACACCUUGGAGGAGGUGCUCUUCCUCAACAAUCGCCUCUCCGGUUGCCUGCCCUACGAGAUCGGCCUCCUCCGGCGAGCCACAGUCUUCGACGCCGGCAGGAACAGCAUCACCGGCCCCAUCCCGCUCUCCUUUGGCUGCCUGAAGAAGGUGGAGCAGCUCAAUCUCGCCAACAAUCGUCUCUUCGGGCCGGUGCCGGACUCCGUCUGCCAGCUUCCCCGCCUGCUCAACCUCUCCCUCUCCGACAACUACUUCACCGAGGUUGGCCCCUCCUGCUGGAAGCUCAUCCACCGGGGGAUCCUCAACGUGAAGGACAACUGCAUCCCCGGCCUCCCCAAGCAGAAGUCACCGGAGAAGUGCGCCGCCUUCUUCGCCAAGCCCAAGCGUUACUGCCCCAACAUCCACAUCGUCCCCUGCGAGACCCACCAAUACGGCGGCUACUACCCUCCUACGCUGCCCCCUCCGGCACCGGAGCCCACCGCGCCGCCGCCGUCAAAGACCUACUCCGUCCUCCACCGGCGGCUCCUCUGA